CAGUUGCAGCCACGUAAGUUUUACAAGCUUUCAAGAAUUCUUGGUCAAGGCGGCUUUGGAACUGUGCUACAAUGUCAUCAACCGUCAAGACUCCUCACGCAGUCAGGGAAGAUAGCUGCAGCAAAAGUUGCAAUCGUGACCCAAUACGAUGAGGUAGAGUUUGAGCGGGCCGCUAUACGCCUUGCCACCGAGACAGAAGUUUUGGGACGGUUGCGAUCGCUAUUCAUUAUUUCUCUGAAAGCUAGCUAUGCAUUCAAUAAUGAGUUCUGGCUAGUUAUGGAGCUUUGUGAUGGUGGUACUGUCAGCGACACUCUCAUGGAUUUGAGAUCCACCAGUGAGAUUGGUGCCAUCUGUGCCUGUGUGACCAGUGCUCUCGUCCACAUCCAUAACAUGGGGAUCUGUCACCGUGAUGUCAAGCCUAACAACAUCCUCUUGCACACCAAGGGCGCCGCAAAGCUCGCUGACUUUGGGAGUGCCUGUGGAUUGGCAUCAACAAUGGGUGAAUGUGCCAAGCUUCAUUUUGAGAAGUUUGUAGCAGGCACCUUGCAUUACCUCGCACCGGAGUGCUGCUGCGAUCGGCCGACAUUUAUUGAAGCUCGAUCAGAAGCGCGAGACGUCUGGGCUCUGGGUAUUUGCGCCAACGAGAUGUUAUAUGGGAUCAUCCCUCGUAGUGAAAACAAAGAUCCCCGUGCUCUUAUCCGCAAUUUGGGUCCGCCAUCCUUUGAUCUUCCACCACCUAGCCGAGUCUAUUCAUCGUCGUUCAUGCUUAGACGCGUGCUUGAUUUUGCUGGCGCGUGCCUUCACCAUAAGCCGAGAUGUCGCAUGAAUGCG